AAUUUACGAAUGUAAAGAAACCCAAGCAUUCAAUUUUUCAAUGACGCCUUUUAAAUAAAACAACCGCAAUUUGUCAUAUCCGUUUUCAUUGUUACCCCAUUGACUCUGUACUGCUAAAACCCAAACAAAUAUAGCAAUGUUAUCUUGGCAAGAGCUAAAGUAUCACUGUCGAACAUGUUUAAUAAAAUUGGAAUUUUACGAGGAAAAUGUUCAGGAUACGAAAAAGUUUGUUGUGAUAUCAAAAUUUCCCGAUGUACAGCGGCUAAUUGGCCUGUGUCUAACAACAAGGACAAGUUGUGGACUUGAGGAUUUGGAAUCGCAUAUGCCGAAUUUGUGUCGAGUAUGUUUUGAGAAAUGGGAUGAAUUUUCACGUCUAUACCAAUUGUUAUUGAAAACCAAUGAGAAAUUAAAGAAACUAGCAAGGACAUGUUCACCAAAUGACUCCGUGUACACUGGGACUAUCGAAGAGGAAAAUAAAAUCUUCAUAGAAACAGAGACAACGGCAAAUUUAAUUGAAGUGGAAAAGUAUGAAACAAGUUCACCUUUCUAUCAAGACAGUCGUUCAAAUUCCAUGUUGGAACCAGUCGCAGAGCAAAAUAAUAUAGAUGAAACACCACUCAGUGAUGAAAAUGUCAGUUCAAUUUCACCAUCAAAAUACGACAUUAAAACAGAUACUUCGCAAGACUCAGAUUCGGAUAGUACUUUUCCAGAUAGAAAUGAUGAUUUUAACGCGACCAGUGAAACCCCAACCGAUGAUACCAAGGAAACAAUUACAAAGCCAAAGCAAAGACGUGGUCGUAGAAGAAAUCCUCCAAACGAUAGAAAUACUCGGCUGCAUAUUACAGCCAAAGCUUGUCGCAAUAAAUAUGCUAAUGCUGCGAAUGCGAAAAAGGCUCUUUAUCGCUGUGAACCAUGUAAAAAGUAUUUCUAUGAAAAGAUGCGCUACGAAGGACAUGUCAAAAUUGUACACGAAGGUGUAAAGAAGGGUUACGAAUGUCAGGAAUGUGGCAAAGCGUAUAAGUUCUACAAAAAUCUCACCGAACACAUUACCAGUAAUCAUUCUGCAAGCCCUUCUGAAAAUCUGCUAUGCCAGUUAUGCAAUAAACAAUUCAAAACACAAACAACACUCAAGAAUCACAUGAAAAUUAAACAUCCCACAGAUCCGGAAAGUACGAUCAACAGUCGGCGUGUUAUAUGUGACCAAUGUGGUUUUCUUGCGGCCAGUGUUGAGUCAUUAACGGCUCAUAUAAAAAACCUACACACCGAGGCAGAACAUUUCAAGUGCGAACAGUGUCCCAAGGUAUUCAAGUGCAGAUAUUAUCUGAAGCACCACACCAUGACUCAUCACAGCGAAGUUAAAAUAAAACCUUUUAAAUGUAAUUUUUGCGAGAUGGCAUUUUCUAGACGUAAUGGCCUCACCAAACACGAAUUGACACAUCUCGAUUAUACGGAGCGGAUAAAGUGUGAUUUUGAAGGAUGUGAUGUUCGAUUUUUGAAUACGGAUGCGAAAAAACGUCACACCCGCCUGGUGCAUUUAAAGGAAAAGCAGCAUAUAUGCGAUAUUUGUGGUGAAGCUUUUGGUAUUAAAGCCACACUGCGACAUCAUCGGUAUAUUCAUACAGGAGAAAAGCCUUACAAAUGUCCGGAAUGUGGCCAAGGUUUCAGACAGCAUACUGCGAUGAAGACACACGCCAAAACCCAUUUGAAAGCAGCCAAGACAAUUGUACAAUCUGCUGAAGCGGUGCAAUAGAUCGGACAUUACAUUUUACAUGGAAAUUCUAAUUUUUUUGAAAUAGUUCGAAAUGCCUUUCUUUGUAUAUCGCUGCUAUAGCCAUUAUUAUUGUUGAUAUAGAUAAAAAUAUCAUUAGGUUUAUUACUUGUUUAAGGAAGGAAACUUUGUAUAAUCAAUACCAGGAAGUAAUUUUUAUUAUUGGGAUACAUUAAAGAUAUGUAUUUAAAAACAAAAA